AUGAGUGGCGUGGCUCAGACCGCUCCGACCGUUCACGAUAAUCCCGCGCUUGGGAUGGUACCACGACCCUCGACGAAACGGGUUGCCCUUCCGAAGUUGCAGGUGCCCGUCUUCUCCGGAGACCUCCGUGAGUGGCACGGAUUUUGGGAGCACUUUGAAGCCACAAUCCAUACGAAUCCUGACCUACCCGCAAUCGAAACGUUCAAGCACCUACGAUCCUACUUGACCGGACAAGCGAAGCGCGCCGUGGAAUGGAUCAGGCUUACCGAGGACAACUACGCCACUGCAGUCAAUGUCCUAACCCAGCGCUUCGGUCGUACGGACGCGCUUGUAGAUGAGCACGUCGACAGUCUGCUUGCAAUUACGCCGAUCCAGAACUCUUCACAGCUGGCCCGACUCCGCGAGCUCUACGAGCAUAUUCUCUUCCGUACUAGUUGCCUCGAGACCCUUGGCGUGUCCCCCGCAGAGUAUGCUGUUGUGCUGCAUAGGGUGCUCAUGCGAUCGUUGUCGGAGGAUAUAGCCGUGCUGUACCGUCAACGCACGAAGGAGGACGUUGCGGCUACUGAUGCUGCUGCGUCCCGACCGGCGCAGGUUAAGAACAUUAUGCAAUUUUUACAAGUACAAGUUGAAAGCAGGGAGGACACACGUGCGGGUCGUACAAGGCUUGCUUCGACCGUUCCUGGUACUAUGGAUCGUUCCUCCCAAGCUCCCGUAGCGUCGUCCACCUUGCCGACAGCACUGGCUUUGGCCGCAUCUUCAUCGCAUCCUCGUCCCUCUUGUCUGCUCUGCAACUUGGCAAGUCACACGGUUCAGGAAUGCCAUGUUGCCAUCUCGACGGAUGACAAGAGAAGAUUGACAGCCAAGAACUGCUGUUUCAAGUGCGGCAAGCACGGCCACUUCGCUCGCAGCUGUCGCAGUGCUACUUGGUUGAGGUGCCGUCACUGUUCAUGA